UCUCCCCGCUCUGAUCUGGACUCCCAGCCAUUUUCUUCCCCCCUCUUCCUCUUCUUCCCUUUUUCUUCCUUUGCAACUCCAUUUUUGUACAACAGUUUUGUAUCGUUCGUUUGGGUCAUUGUUAGGUUGUAUUUCCUCGCGCGACACGCUCAUUUCGUCCGCGCCUCGAUCCCUCGGUGUUCGCUAAGUCGGAGCGAUGACUUGCGCAGCUUGAAAUCAUAUAGCACUUCUCCCAUCAACCGGAUUUGA